UUUUAUUAUUGAUGUGGCGUAAAUGAUUCAUUUAAUUUUAGAGUUGAAUGUUAAAGUGUAUGAAGUUGGCACUUGAAACUAAGCCUGAAAAUAUAGAAAAAGAAUCCUAUUGCAAAAUAUAUUUCAGUGAACCGAGACGGCAGCACAAGACUUAGAUUAUUUUACGCUAUGGAAAUUUCGGUUUUGAUUUGAUGAGCCAAACGUUGGGUAAACUGUUACCUUAAAAGUGAAUGUUGUAAGGUGGACAUCUAAUUUUGUAACUCAAAUUCAUUGGCAUUAGAAAGCCUCUUCUACAAAAGAUUGGAAUCUUUAAAAUCUGGGAUUGGCAAGUAACGCUCGUAUUUCAAGUUUCAAAUGAAAAAUAUUGAGAUAAUUUUUCCACCUUACUUGGAAAACAUCUUUAUAAUCUUCACCAGCGCAGCUUCAGCCCGUGUUUGACACUGAAAAUUGUUCCCUGAUUGUGUGAAGAGAUUGAGCCCAGCCAGAAGGCGGGAUAGAUGCGUUAUAGUGCCGAGUGUUCACUAUGAGUUGUGCCCAGGUGAUGUACCAACCGUAUGCUGGUAGCCCCUACACGGCCCCCCCAACCCCACACACAACCCCAACGUCCAGUAAUGGGGCUGAUCCACACACACAACCCCACCAACCCCCUGCCCCAACCCAGGUGCAGCAGCAGCAGGCGUCUUUGCCGGACGUUUCUGCGCCGAACAACGCCGUUUCAACGCCGAUAUCUGCGGCCGCUGCCACCACCAACUCCAACACCCCGACGCCGACGCAGGCGCUGCAGCAGCACGCCAGUGACACCCCUAGAGAGGCAGCACAGGGACGAUGUUCGUCCAGGGCGGCGCCCUACAGAGCCACCAGCAAUGGUUCUGCUACAGGAGAUGCCGACCAACCUCCUGAGAAGAAGCUGUGCAGUGAGAGGCAGACGCCUGUGACACCAGCAACACCAUCACACCCAUACCACCCCCUACACCAUCACCACCAUCACCACCACCUGCUCAACCAACACCAUCUACCAUCACACCAGCACCACCAACACCACCACAACCUCAUCACCAACGCUGACGUCACCGACGCUAACGCCAACGCUGCAGCCAACGCGCCACGUCCCCGAUGUCGGCCCGCAACUUCCCCGCGUCUUUCUGGAACAGCAACUACACCCGCGCGGGGGCGGGCCUGGGCCAUCUGGGGGUCCAUGGCCACCCAGACCUCUACGACCCUUACCAUCCCGGCCUCCACUCCCUGCAGAACUCUGGCCACCACGACCCAUGGACCACCUACUCCUUGUCCUCCCAGGCGUACAGUCACCGCAGCAUGGCACACGACAUGUACCAGGCCGCCAUGUCGUCCUGCUCCCCGCGGCCGUACCAGCAGUACGGUAUAGGCCUGCAGCCUUCCCUGGCCCGUAUACCUGCCCUGCCUGCCGUGCCUGCGCAGGUAAGUAGGCCUGCUAUGUACCAGCAGUACGGUAUAGGCCUGCAGCCUUCCCUGGCCCGUAUACCUGCCCUGCCUGCCGUGCCUGCGCAGAUGAGCAUGAGUAAGCCGGACGGCUGGGGCCGCUACCACGACGCCUUCUCCGGGGACCUGGCGGCUCACGGCCUCGACGCUGGGUACUCUGCCCACUACCCCGCCGUGGCUACAGGUCUAGAGUCAGCGGUUCAGCAGGAGGGGCCGAAGGAUCUAUACUGGUUCUGAACCCUCUGAACCAAUCUUUGGUGGUUCUGAGAACCGUAGUAGCUAUAUAAAAAACCUCUCAACACCUGUUUUGGACGGCUUAUCGGCGGCCAGCUCCAGCUGAGGGUUCAGCCACCAGAAACACUACCAAAAUACCGCCAGAUUUAACCUCUUCACCAUGAAAAUUAUUCGUCAUUGUACAAUUUUUUCCCGAACAUGCUUGUGGCUAGAAAUAAUUGUCUUACAAAUGUAAAGGGCAAAAUACGCAAUUUCUUUUCGUGCUGGUUAAGCUGUAAUUUGGUUAGAAAAAACAUUACGGAAAAGAAAAUGAAGCGAAUUACGAGCACCAACACACGUGUUGCAUAGCGACGCCUAUGGAUGUAAUGGAAACAUGAAAGAGACAAUUCUAAGUUCAGAAGUGAAGCAGAAAUAUUAGGAAGGAGGCUAAUGCGAUUGUAAUGAAACACUGGACGUAUAUUGAAAGCUUCAGGGAAUAUUUUGAGGGAAAAUUUGUUUAUUCUCCAACUGAUAUUUUUUAUAAGCAUUACAAACACGAUCAACAACCAUUUCCAAAUUUAUGCCUUAUACCAAAAACAAUUUCAUGCCAACAAUAAUUUUCCAUAAAUCAAGAAAAUAAAUAUGAUUAAUUGUACUAAAAUUUUUAUUUUAAUACAUUUAAUCAUCACUAGGAAGCACAGUAUUGGAGUUUGACAUAGACUUUUUAUAGGAAACUGUGAUUUUAGAUUUGAGUUUGGAUGCUCACAUUCGGCAACUCCAAUCACCGCUCCUGUCAUGAGGGACUCUCAGGAUAACCUAGGACUUUCUUGAAGGAUUUUUUAUUCUGUUGUCCAUAAUUCUGGAAUAUUUUAUUAGCAUGUCACGCCUGCUGAGUGCUAGAGUCUUCACACGUUAGCGACUCGACAGCUCAAUGCUAGUGUAUCCACACGCUAGCAUGUCACGCCAGCUGAGUGCUAGAGUGUUCGUUGUGAUAAAGUGUAUCAAAAUUUCAACGUUUGCCGUGUCUUGACUAUAUUGCUUAUUAAUGUGUGUGGGCGCUCCCCCUAAAAUGUAUAUAAGUGUUUAAGUUAGAGUUUUGAAAUUUUUUGAAGCACUGGUCAUGAAAAUCAGUUUUUUUU